UCUCACAUCAACUAAAUCGUUUUAAGUUUCCCUCCGAUUCAUCAAUCGCUCGUAAUUUGGGUUUUGAGAGAGAGAGAGAGAGAGAGAGAGCGCAUCCAUAAUGAGCGUAGAGGUGUUGGAUAGCUCGACGAUUGUCAACUUUUUGGAGGAUGAAGAGGCCUUCAGCAUCUUCAUCCAAGACCGUUUCGCACACCUCGACACGGACUGCAAUGGGCUGCUCUCCUAUGCAGAGAUGCUUGAGGAGCUGCGCGCCCUCCGGGUGUUUGAGACCCACUUUGGGAUCGAUGUGAAGCCCGACCCUGAGGAGCUCUCCCAGGUGUACGGUUCCUUGUUUGUCCAGUUCGAUCAUGACUCCAAUGGGUCGGUGGACCUCGAGGAGUUCACGGCCGAGACCAAGAGGAUGAUGCUGGCUAUGGCUAGUGGCCUCGGGUUCCUGCCGGUUCAGAUGGUCCUCGAAGAGGAUAGCUUGCUCAAAAAGGCUGUUGAGAGAGAGCUGGCCAAAAGUAAUCUCAUCCUUGCUUGAAGUUCAUGUCCUCGAGGAUUCCUAGGUUGAGAUCAUCGUUCGAACUAUUUCAGUGAUUAGAUAUCGUUCUUGCAUUUUUUCUUUAUACUCAUUUGGUCGUUUCGUGCAAGUGUAACCCAACUGAAUGAUAAAAGGUGAAUAAAGGCAUCGAUUGUGAUA